GACACCAAACUCUCAACCGUCGAUCCCACUCUCUAAAACCCCCCUUUCCCCUUUGCCUCUCACUUUCUCUCUCCUCUAGGGUUCUUAAUCUUCCCACAAUUGACCAUGAUUCACCUACUAUUCUCACUAAUCUUUGCAGAAAUGGCAGUGAUUCUGCUACUUCUGUUUAGAACUCCAUUGCGAAAGCUCGUAAUCAUGGGGUUGGAUCGGAUGAAGCGAGGAAGAGGACCUGUAGUGAUCACAACAGUUGGUGGGACAAUUCUUGUUUUGCUAGUUUCCAGUGUUUCGAACAUUCUUACUUUCCAACAGCGUGAAAUUGAGCCUGGUACUAUUAAUCCUACCGAUCAAGUUUUGUUUACUCGCAAUCUUCUUGAUACUUCUCUUAUGGGAUUCAUCUUGUUCCUUGGUCUGAUGAUGGACAGAUUGCAUCAUUAUAUCAGAGAACUCCGCUUACUCAGAAAGACUAUGGAGGCUGUAAAGAAACAAAGCCGGAGUUUUGAUGACGCCAAAAAUGGAAGUUCAGAGGAUCAUAAAGCCAUGGAGGAGGAGGUUGCUACCCUGAAGUCUCGGAUCAAGGUCUUGGAAUCUGAGUGUACCGCCCAAACAGAUGAGGUGAAGUCUGCUGAAUCUAAAUCAGAGGCUUUGAAAAAGCAAUCUGAAGGCCUACUUCUUGAAUAUGAUCGGUUGCUUGAGGACAACCAAAGCCUUCGCAGCCAGUUGCAGGAAAUCGGUCAAGGCCUUGCAGAUUCCGAUGGCAAGAAGAGCAUGUAAUGCAGAUGUCCAUGUAAUCUCAAACAUUUUCACCCGUUUUCUUGUUUCAUGGUGUAAAUGGGUGCCUAGUCAGAAUAUGCUUGUAUUGGCACAUUUCUCAUGGUGUCACUAGUGCCUUAGAGUUUACAUACCUUUUGUUUCUCUUAAAUAUAAAACUCACAUGUAAUAGACCUCCUCAACUAGAUAUUUAAUUAUCUGGUUUAACAGGGGAUAUGUUUGAUAAAGUUUUAGUUUUUUUUAACUGUA